AUGGAAGCAUAUGUUUCAUUUGCCGGUUUAUUGUACAAGUUCUUCCCUACUACUCUUAGUGGCGUCGCUUUUAUUUGGUACUUAUCGCUUCCACUUGGAAGCAUCAAUACCUUUGCACAAUCGGAAGCCAUGUUUGUAAGUCAUUUUGUGGCAUUCAAAAGACAAAAGAAGUCAAACUUUCAUUUACUAAGCAUCAUGCAACAAGUGGGAGAAUCCGUAGCCAUCUACCUUGAGAAGUUUCAAGAACCCGUUUUAGAAGUCAUUGAUUUAGAAGUUUUCGUCGCUAUUAAUGCCUUGAUAAAUGGAAUGUGGACUCCGAAACUGAAUUCCAACUCAUUGAGAAUCAAGUGA